AUGGCCCCGCCGCCAGUGGCGCAACCGCGCUUCGAGCCCUGCGCUUCGACAGCAUCGCUAUUUCUGUUCGCUCAAGGAUCAACAAUUUUAUGCCUGCACCAUGACACAUUGGCCAUCGAGCGGAGGUUCCAAAGUCACCAGGAGGACAUUGAGUUUAUUUCGGUGGAUAAUGUUAGCGAGCGAGGUGCGGGCAGAUUGGUGGUCAGCUACGAUGUAGGGCAAACCGCAAUUGUCUGGGAUAUCUUCACCGGAACUGAGAUUGCUCGAUUUGCCUCCUUUGAACACCUACGGGUAGCUUCGUGGAUGCACAAUGGCAAUGUCGCAUUUGGAAAUGGAAAGGGCGAGGUGAUUCUGUUUGAACCGCCGACAUCAGAGCAUAUCUCUGCGCGCACAAUUUUCGAUCCCAUUACAGCUCUGGCUCCUGCGGCGGAUUGUCGAACCUAUGCAAUUGGAUACCAAAAUGGAUCUAUUUUGAUCGCUACUCUACUGCCUCAAUUCACCAUUCUUCACACGCUGACGACCUCCCGUGGGCCAUCACCGAUUAUUUCUCUGGCAUGGCAUGCAUCUUCAUCCAAGCAAAAGUCCGAUAUGCUGGCAACUCAAUCAUCAAAUGGAGACCUGCGAGUGUGGAGUGUAGCUAAACCCCCCGGCAAAGAAUCACCCCGGGUGAUCAGAGUAUUAAAACGAUCGGAUUCGAACUCUUCGGACCCUAAAUGGAUGGGAUGGUCCAAAAAUGGCAGACUAGUGCAAUAUCUCGAAGGGGAAACUUGGUCUUGGGAUGUCCGAACGAAGCAUGUUACUUAUGAUCCAAUUCCAACAAUAGAUGGGGUUCGAGGAAUCGCCAACUACGGCCCUACAGCAACACUAUUCACAAUCGGUCCUCAAAAUUCGGUGCAGCAAUAUGACCUGGAAAACCCUACCCUCGUUGCUAAUGUGCAACAUCUCCCUCUACUCCCCCGACCAAAUACCGCAGAGGGUAGCCGGUCCCAAAUGUCUCUCAGACGUCUACAAGAUCCACCUGAUAUUCGCGAAUCAAACGGGAAACGCACCCCAUUUGACUCUAACGCCAUUGAUAAUCUCCGACAGCGGGCAGAUUUAACCAGCCCUGCUUCAUCGCGAAGCCGAACGGAAUCAGUCAGCUCAAAGGCCUCGUCUGGCAAGUAUAAUACUCGGCCUUUUUCGCCACCGAGUCGGUCUGGUCAAAGUGCAACUACAUUCUCAUUAACAUCAGGUGGCCAUGAUACCCCGCAGGCCUCUGCUUCCUUCGCAUACCCAUCUUCGGUCUCAAUGUCAUCAGUCAGGAGCUCAAGGGCGGCAUCGAGGCUGCGUAAUGAGGUUCAUCUCAGUCCAGCUGAAAAAAGCAUCGUGGAUCUUUUCCCCUUCACUAGGGCUCGUUUGAACGAUGUGCCUUACAAACAGCAGCCACCUAUUGAUGAAUCACAUCUGACUUCUGACGAUCUGCGACACCAAAUGAUGAGUGUGGUAUUUGGGUGGGAUGGGGAUAUUCAGGAUUUGAUCUUGGAUGAAUUGAGCCGCCAUGCCGUGGGCAGCCAAAGUGCAAUUCUACUAGCUCAGUGGCUUGGUGAGACCGACACAAAUGAGAUGGCCUCCAUGAUCAGCCCCGGGCAGGUAACGACUUCAGACUGGAUGCUUCUGGCCUUGAGUCAGAUGAGUGGUCAGGCCCAAGCGAACAAAGUUGGCCAGGCAUUCGUACAGAAGCUACUGGAAAUCGGAGAUAUACAUACUUCUGCAGCAAUCCUGCUUGGUCUCGGCGACAGUAACGAUGCAGUUGAGGUUUAUGUUUCUCGGCACCACUACAUGGAAGCUAUCCUCAUGACAUGUCUGUUGUUCCCAUCCGACUGGCAACGGCAGUCGUACCUUGUUCGACGAUGGGGAGAGCAUGUCGUCACUCAUUCCCAGCAGCAGCAGCUUGCAAUUCGCUGUUUCAUGUGCACAGGAGCCGAGCCUUCUGAGCCAUGGGCAUCACCAUCCGCUCAACAAGCUGCAUCUUUUGCCGAGAUGAUGGGAGAAAAGUUCCCUCCGGUGUCUCCUGAGAUUUCUCAGACUAAUAGUGCAAACCUGAUGCCUCCGCCUAUUCGGCCAAGGUCUGCGUCUAACCAAAAGGUCGCAGCCAAGACACCAGCUUUGAAACUGAUUACAUCCUUUGAUGCUCAAUCGAAUGGACGAUUCCGCUUCCCUGGAUUGAAAUCUGACGAUCGGACGCCGACAAAUGCACCAGGAAUCACACCAAUUGCAGAAUCAGCAGUCCCCGACUCGGCAAUGUCUCCAGGUGGCUUUGGAUCUUAUAAAUUGAAUAAUAUCCAAAGUCUGAACCAUGCGAUGUCGAGAACCAAUACCCCGUCUUUCAAUCGCCGUCGUCUACCUUCAAUAGGAGAAACACCCGUGAAUUCGCAGCCUCCAACGUUCUCUCGAUCGAAUUCAUACAGCCAAAACGAGUACAGCUCUACCUCGGAGAAUGAGAUGAGUGCACAAGAUCAUAGUCAAGAUGAGAAAGAAAGCGACAGCGGUCUCCUAACGUUACCAUCUGCAAAAUACACACCAAGCAUAGACUCACUCAGACCCAGUCCCCAAACGGCUCUUCAGGGAACAGACAAGUUUGCUACUAUUAAAGGACUUCCAUCACCAGCAGCAGGUGUCUUUGAAGCACUCACAAAUGACGAUCAUCGAAAUGGAUCCCGCGAUCGAAAGCCAGAUGGGCUUCAGAUUGAACUAUUGGAAAGUGAGCAACAGCACCAAGACCGCUCGGAACUGCUUCCCAGUGCCAAAAGCACAGCUUCCACCGCCAACAGCUUUGCCUCUGCAAGAAGCCCGAGCGUCAGUGGGCGGAGCAUCGAUCAAUACAUCAGCAGUCUAGAUGAAGCGAAUUACCAUGCACGCAAGUUCCGCCCUCACACACCUGGUCGGGGACGACGCAAUCCGGAAGACACAGCCAGCCAGAGUUCACGCAUGCAACAAUCACGAGAUGCAUCUCAGGAUGCUCGAGGUAGGAAUGAUCGUCGCUACAUUCAGCCUGCGAAGAGGUCGCCUUCUUCGCCGGUGCCUAUGUCUCCUGAGGAAUUGGCCCGCUAUGGGACUGCGGAGCUGCAGGCACCACUCGAGCCGCGCAAGUCCAAGUCUCGGACUCGAAGCUCAAGCAAGAUGAGAAGGCCAGGCUCGCGGAGCCGUCAGCGUUCUUCUAGUCGGCACACAGCAAGCCGUGUUGCCAUGGAUAAGAAGGAAGCCUCAAUCCGAGGCCGCAGCAAUGAUAGACAAGCGUCGAGCAAUCGAUCCCCGUCGUCGCCUCUGCCCAUGGCAUUCCCCACAGAUGAUCCGUCUCAAGAUGCAAACAAUCCUCUGAGACUUGUUGAAGGCAACCAAAAGAGGCUGCGGUCCCGUCACCGGAGUGCCAGUCGACGUCGUGCAGAGAGGGGAACAAGUGCAAAGAGAGAGGCCUCUCCAGAAUCCAGGCAUAAAACAUCACAAAGCCUUUCUGUGAUUCAACCUGGGCCUUCAUCGAGCUCUUGGGCACAGCAGUCUGAGCCAGAACAGUUGACUAGCAAAGUAUUUGGCCAAGAAGACAGCUUUGAUUCAUUCACCAAUGGGCAACCCAGCUCGACUGCCAAUGAUUUCCAGGACAUCGUCUCUCCCACCACCCCAUUCAUCACGCUGGCAGAGAAACGCCGAAGAGAUAUUGCGGCUGCUGAAUUGGAAGCGAGAAGACUUUCUCUUGCACGCAACCCAUCGGCACCCAAUAUUCCUUUCCCUGGCGAAGCACAAGGCAUGAGGAGCCCCAUCGAAAGCCCUCCGCCAUUCUCCAGUGGAAGUGCAUACUUCCCACGGGCUCCAUCUCGCAACAAAGUCUCCCGGAGCAAACCAUCGCCAGAUUACCCCAGUAGCUCUGAUUCGAACUCUUCGCGCUCUGCCAUGCCCGUCGGGCUACCAGCAACACCUCGAGCCAUGCGCCAUCCCAAGUACGGAGGCACAGGACAAGACGAAGAGCAGCCCUCAAUCCCCAGCAUUCCCACCGACACCAACCUCUUUCUAAGCAACGCCCGCUAUCAAAGCGACGACCGAAUCGGUCGUUCCAUGUCCGUCCCCCCAGAAACGCACAACCCCACGAUACCCAACGACGUCCCCAUGCAUCCACGCUUCAACCCAUCCCUACCACGCAGUCGAUCCAGCAGCCGCAGCCGCAUAGCCCAUCGUCGAACUAGCUCAGGCGGCUACGUAUCCGGCACCUCACCAAACGUCCAAGUAAGCAUCGAAGAGACAAUCGAGAACGCAGAAAGAUACUCAGCAGAGUACGAGACAAUCCCACCACCUCCACCUCCCUUCCUCCCAGAACUACAACACCUCAACACUCCACCCCCUCCACCCCCAUUCCCCAUCUCCGGAAUCCCAGUCUCGCCCCGCGAAUCAUCUGCAACAAUCGAUAUCGCCAUCGACAAUGAAGACUUCGGCCGUCUCCUCCCCCGUGCUAUGACUGCUGCCCCAGCCCUGAAUGUCAACAGCCACAGUACAGAUCCACGUCAAUCAGGGAGUCGACGCAUGUCAUUUGAUCAUCGACGGAAUCGUAGCUCGAACGAGAGCUUCACGAACAAGUUGCGCAAUUUGACCCGCAUGCGAAACAACAGUCGCAGUGUCGAGCCUUGGACGCAGGCUGAUGAAAUGGCUCCUUAUGAGAGUCUACAGCCGCAUGUUGCUGGUUCAAAUUCCAACUACAUCUUGCCGAGUCAGAGCUAUGUUUCGCCAGGUCAAAACUUCGUUUAG